AUGUCAACACCUGGUUAUGCCAUGCUGACUUCACUCUCAGCGUGUGGAGGAUUCCGGAGCACUCCCGAGUGUGAUGUCAUCUGCUGUGUCUGCAGGAGCACUCCUGAGUGUGAUGUCACCUGCUGUGUCUGCAGGAGCACUCCCGAGUGUGAUGUCACCUGCUGUGUCUGCAGGAGCACUCCCGAGUGUGAUGUCACCUGCUGUGUCUGCAGGAGCACUCCCGAGUGUGAUGUCACCUGCUGUGUCUGCAGGAGCACUCCCGAGUGUGAUGUCAUCUGCUGUGUCUGCAGGAGCACUCCCGAGUGUGAUGUCACCUGCUGUGUCUGCAGGAGCACUCCUGAGUGUGAUGUCACCUGCUGUGUCUGCAGGAGCACUCCCGAGUGUGCUGUCAUCUGCUGUGUCUGCAGGAGCACACCUGAGUGUGAUGUGACCUGCUGUGUCUGCAGGAGCACUCCCGAGUGUGCUGUCAUCUGCUCUGUCUGCAGGAGCACUCCCAAGUGUGAUGUGACCUGCUGUGUCUGCAGGAGCACUCCUGAGUGUGAUGUCACCUGCUCUGUCUGCAGGAGCACUCCUGAGUGUGAUGUCAUCUGCUGUGUCUGCAGGAGCACUCCCAAGUGUGAUGUCACCUGCUCUGUCUGCAGGAGCACUCCCGAGUGUGAUGUCACCUGCUGUGUCUGCAGGAGCACUCCCGAGUGUCAUGUCAUCUGCUGUGUCUGCAGGAGCACUCCCGAGUGUGAUGUCACCUGCUGUGUCUGCAGGAGCAUUCCUGAGUGUGCUGUCACCUGCUGUGUCUGCAGGAGCACUCCCGAGUGUGAUGUCAUCUGCUGUGUCUGCAGGAGCACUCCCGAGUGUGCUGUCAUCUGCUGUGUCUGCAGGAGCACUCCCGAGUGUCAUGUCAUCUGCUGUGUCUGCAGGAGCACUCCCGAGUGUGAUGUCACCUGCUGUGUCUGCAGGAGCAUUCCUGAGUGUGCUGUCACCUGCUGUGUCUGCAGGAGCACUCCCGAGUGUGAUGUCAUCUGCUGUGUCUGCAGGAGCACUCCCGAGUGUGCUGUCAUCUGCUGUGUCUGCAGGAGCACACCUGAGUGUGCUGUCACCUGCUGUGUCUGCAGGAGCACUCCCGAGUGUGAUGUCAUCUGCUGUGUCUGCAGGAGCACUCCUGAGCUUGCUGAUGUCUGUAGUGUCCGGAAGGUGCCUGAGACAACUUCUUACUGCUCUUCCUUCUGGCUGAACUGGAUGUGCAGGAAGGUGUAA